AAAACGAUAAGUUUGACAACCGGCGAAGAGUGCGCACUGGAAUGUUUACAAACAUCGCGCGUACAAUGGCAUAAAAAAUCACCCCACACGGAAUACGGGUUUGGUUUCGUGAUGGAUUUAGUGGCCAAGCGAAGUAUUAAUUGUGAACAAGGAGCAGUGCGAGCAGUGCGUUAUAAUGUUGAUGGAUCGUACUGCUUGUCGUGUGGCUCGGACAAAAAAAUCAAGCUAUGGAACCCUCGGACAGGAUUACUACUGAAAACAUAUGGUGGCCACGCCGACGAGGUAAUGGAUGCUGCGAGUAGCUGCGAAAGUAGUUAUAUCGUAUCGGCUUCCCUUGAUAAAAGUGUCAUUUACUGGGAUGUAUCGACCGGGCUACCAGUUCGACGACUCCGAGGUCAUGCCGGUGGCGUUACCUGCAUACGCUUCAACGAAGAAUCGUCGAUUGCCGUUUCGGGCUCGAAAGAUAACACGGUUGCAUGUUGGGACAUACGCACUCGAAAGCUAGACGCUGUACAAACGAUGCGAGAAGCCAAGGAUUGCAUUACAGCGCUUGUGGUGAGCGAACACAAGAUCAUCUCCAGCUCACUGGAUGGAUCGAUCCGGCAGUAUGACAUACGGGCCGGAGAGCUUGUCUGUGAUACAAUCGGUGUUCCGAUAACGUAUCUGGUGCAAACGCGCGAUGGCCAGUGCCUGUUAGCGGCUUGCUCCGAUGGUACAAUUCGACUGAUCGAUAACGAUUCCGGUGAACUUCUAUCCGAGUACAAAGGACACCGGGUGGAUGACUAUACGAUCGAGUGCGGAAUUAUUUCGGCCGAUACGAAAAUCGUUUCCGGAUCGGCUGAAGGUGCAGCAGUCGUUUGGGACCUUUUGGAGGGCACUGAAGUGCGAAGGUUACGCAUAGGAAGCGAAGUUGUGCAUUCGUUAGCGCCACAUCCCACGGGGAAAGACAUUUUAUUCGCUCGCAAACGGCACAUUGAGGUGUGGGGUGAACCGGAAGAAAUUGUAGAAGAAAUAGAAGAUUAAAAUAAAAUAAAAACACUAUUGUUACGAUAUCAAAGAACAAACAAAA